AUGCUGCCGUCUACAAUGACUGCUCGUCGCACCCCCAACCCCACUAUCACCAAGGACACAAACGGCCCCGGCCACUGGCGCCUCGACUCCAACGGCGCCAUCGUCGACAGUGGCGACUGGGAGCUCGCAGACGAUCUCAGCAAGCUCCAGAUUGGUGGCGAUGGUGCCGAGGCCCAGCGUCUGCGCUUCCGUCUCUGGGGAUAUUUCCCCCCCGGGCUUGGACCCGCAAGCCCGUCCUCGUCCCACCGAGCUCACACAUCAGCCCAGAACUCCAUAGGCCUCGUCUCGCACUCUCGCGAGUCCUCUGCCGACACCACUGGUUCCCAAGGCUCCGCGAUGUCGUCGGGAAGCCAAAACCUACGCGCCCCUCCUGUCACCCCACUCAAAGUAGGCGCCGUUGGCGAAUCCCGGAACCGCCCACACUCGUACAGCGGCGGUCUGUCAAGUACUGAUCUCGUUCGCCUGCAACAGGCGGGUGGAAGUCCCGGAAACACCGAUGCAUGGUCCUCCCCCCAUGGCACCCCCGAGAGGCAAGCCCAGCAGGAGCAGCCCACGUAUCCUUCCCUUCUGGCGUCUCACAACGGCUCCGUACCGCGCCUGCCAGAGGCCAAUUCUCUCACGCGUUCGCAGGAAGACCUCUCGGGAGACGCCCAAGGGCAGCAGCGCCUGUUCAACGGACCUCAUGGCGCUCCCAUGCCGCCCAAUGGUGCUCCGCCAGCGUUCGUUCAUGGCAGGCCGCCCAAUGUCGCCACCAACGUCCCUUACCGCCAGCCGCCUCCUCGUGCUGGCUUUAACCCCGCGAUCGCUCCGGUCGUUCCCAGCCCGACCAACUUUGGGGGCUACCCGGCCCCCGUGCAUCCCGGAGGGAUGCCCUUGGCGAACCCGCAGCAGGAUCUGUACAGCAUGAUGCUGCCCACGCCCCCUCUCGACAACCCUACCAUGGCACGUCUUCAGCAGCAGUCUGGCGUCUUCCAGCGUACUCACCAGCAUUCUGCUUCGGACCCUGCUUCCCUUCGUGACCCUGCCACCAUCGCGCUGCUGAACAAUGUGUUCGCUGCCGGACAGAUGUACCCGCCCACAAUGGCGCCCCCCGCACUGAAUAUGUUCCAGAACCAGUUCUACGGCGGCCCCGGCGCCGAGCCCUACCCCUCGCCAGAGAUGGCUGCCCAGAUGAUGGCUCAGCUCCAGGCGCAGUACACGGGCCCGUAUGGCGUCCCAAUGGGUCCGCAGGGCAUAGCGAUCCACCACACGGGCGGUUCUCACUCGGGAACAGCGACGGGCAACGGUCCUAGCGCGAACAACCGCAAACUCGGGCUGUACAAGACGGAGCUCUGCAGGAGCUGGGAGGAGAAGGGCUCUUGUCGGUACGGCCAAAAGUGCCAGUUUGCGCACGGUGAAGACGAGCUGCGCAAGGUACAGCGACACCCUAAAUACAAGACGGAGAUCUGCAGGACGUUCUGGGUUUCUGGCUCGUGCCCGUACGGCAAGCGGUGCUGCUUCAUCCACACCGAGCUGCCCGCGAACGGCGGACCUCCGGGUGCCGAUGGCGCUAUCCCACCAGGCAACCUCAGCGGGCGUGAACGCUCUUCGUCAACGAACAGUGACCCGAACGAGGUGUCGACUUCGCUCCUCGCCCGCAUCACAGCGAAGCGCUCGCAGGAAACCACCAUGCACUCCAACUCUGGCAGCACGAGCACGACUCCGCCUUCAGCCGGAUUCCAGGGUAUGCCCGUCAAUUCUGGUGGCGGCGGCGGCAGGCCAGAGGCUCUGCGCGUGAACACCAACGUGUCCGACGUACCGCUUGCGAAGCAGAACAAGUCGGCAUACCCCACGUUCGCGAACGUGCACAACGGCAUCCUCAUGUCCGCCAACGACGAGCCCAUCGCCCGUUCACCUGGUCCUGUGACCGCUGGCCCUGACUUUGGGCGUCACGCCAGCUCGAGGCUGGACAUUGUCGGCUCCCAGCGUGGUGGCCCGAAGACGGCCGUGAACCCGAAUGUGCGCCAUUCGUUCAACGGCAGCGAGAUGGGUCUGGACCUCUCGUCGCUUGCGAACACGCCGACGACAGCCAACUCGGCGACGCCGGUGCAGAGCCAGCCGCCGACGCACUCGCAGAACGCGUCGCCAGAGCCUCAGCGGGUGUCCCGGAUCAACGGCCACUCAUUUGACCGCGUACCCGUUGUCGUCCAUUCCCGGCGGGGAGCUGAAGACAACUCGCCCUGGGCGGACUACAACGUCAACCAGGCGCGGCUCGCGGAGAAAAACUGGGCGUAG